AUGCCAUCAAGCAUCAAGCCUAGUUCCAGAAGUGUAGAAAUGUCUACGGACAUGGGACAUGUUGUAGGACAAGAGAGGAGCUUGGGACAAAGACAAAAUGUGGAUUCUGUUGGAGAGAAAACUCCAUUGCCCUGGGUAGAAAAGGCUAUGCUGCUUCAAGGGAAGCACAGGGUUCGACAUUCUUUUAGCCAGCCAUCCGAUGAUCGGGGAUUUGAUUUUACUGAGAAUGCAAGUGCUGAGAAAGUCCAGUCUAGAUCUGCAGGAAAUGAGCGAAAGCGUCAGGUUGGAGGCAGGGCAUUUGAUGAUAACGAGCUUGUAAAGCACAUGUCCAAUUUACCUGGCUUUCUCCAGCAUGUAGAGAAGGACAAUACCAUCCAGGACAAGGCUCUGAACUUUGGUGUUCUUGACUGGAAGCGUUUGGAGAAGUGGAAGUACACUGAACGUAUGCCUGGAAAACUUCUCAGGAAAGCUUCACCAACUAGAGAUUCAUUUGUUUCAGCAAGUGGGCUGCCAAAAAUAAGUCCAAACUUGAAAAGACAAGCCUCUUCUCAUACUCGCCAGCCCAGUUUGUCACAUUCGGGCAAGCAACCAGUGGCAGAUGGUUCAUCAUCUCAGCAACAACAGCCUCCUCAAAGUUUAUGUAUCAAGUCAUCAAAGGAAGAAAGAAAUGGUAAAUACCAGAAGGAAGAAGAAUAUGUUGAGUAUCUCAAAUCCAAGGGAAAGGAAAGAUGCAACCAAAAAUAUCACACUGCAGAAAGUAUCAGGAUUGUGAGGCAGCAAAACCAUUCUAAGCAAACAGGGAAGUAUUCUGACCAAUAUUCUACUGAAACAUUUGGAUACAAGAGCAGGAUGAAUCCACUGAAAGCGAUAGUGUCAGAAAGGGAAGCUUCUUCUUCAUCAUCCAAGCAGAGGAAACAAAAGGUUGCUCCCCUUCCACCUAACAAAGUUGGAGCUCAUGGGAAGAAGAGUGCGAGGAGAUAUGGUGAAUUGAAACUUACCUCUGGAUGUUCAGCACCAGAGCCACAAAAUAUUGUGCUUCUUGUUCCCAAAGAUUUUCAAGAAAAAGGUCGCUCAGAAAGUUCACAGUUCACAGAAUCCAGGACCUCACUUGAUACAAAAUUAUCAGCAAUAGAAGUGACAGGGAACCGAUUGUCUGAUUUCUGUUCACCCCGGGAGCUGUAUUCUGGAGGAUACUCUGAUAUUCCUCAUUCUUGUCCUCUUCCAUCAAGUUCCAUGAAGCCGCAUGACUUGUUAGCUUCUCAUGCAACUGAUGCAGAUAUUUUCCCAAAUGCAGAUUCUAUCACCUCCACAUCAUCUGAAGCUAAAUUUUCAGAUAUGAGCGAAGAAGCUAUAAGGGCCUCAGCUUAUACUGAGCCUUCCAGUAGAAAACAAGGUAUCAAUGGUGAACAGUCCACUGCCAAAGGAAGAUCUCCCUCACCUACACGGCGGUUCAGCUUUAACCUGGGAAAGAUGGGCAGAAGUUUUAGCUUUAAGGAAAGCUCAGCAGUUCCACAAUUGAGUUCUACAUAUACUCCUGUAAAAUCGGCCCCGGUGAGGUCUGAAGUUUCCCAUAGCAUGGAUAGCGUUGAUAAGGAUCAGGCAAAUAGCAAAGCAAGGUCCAGCCCUUUAAGGAGAUUGCUGGACCCAUUGCUCAAGCAAAAAUCAAGUAGUGAUACUGUUCGACCACUAAAUGGAAGCUUGCUCUCCAUGACAGCCAGUCCCACAGGCAUCAAGGGACCACCUCAAGAUAAGAGGCCUGAUGCAUCAAAUUUUCAGGCUCUUUUGCAACUCACUUUCAAGAAUGGGCUACCUUUCUUUAGACUAGUGGUGGAGAACAGGAAGGACAUGCUAGCUGCGGCUGUGAAGAGAUUGCCAACUUUUGAAAAGAAUGAUCCUUGCAUGGUUUACUCAUUCUACACCGUUCAUGAGAUUAAGAAAAAGAGCAUGAACUGGAUUAAUCACGGGUCAAAGAGCAAAACUUGUAGCCUUGGCUACAGUAUAAUUGGUCAGAUGAAGAUUUCAACCAUACACCAUCUGAAAGCAAACAGAGAGGAUACUAGUGAAUGUGAUUCAAGGGAGUGCGUCCUGUACGGUGUUGAUCCUGGUCAGGUAGAUAAGCAAAUGCUUGCAUUUGUCCCUAAGAAGGAGAUUGCAGCGAUUGUAGUUAAAAACUCUAGUAAAAGGGUCAAUGGUGGAGAGUUUAUGGAUAAGAACCAUCAAUCAGAAGGGAGGAAUUUCCCACAGCUUGUGUUCCCAGCAUCAUCAGAAAGCCAAGAAAAAGCAAAUUCUAAUGGCACAAUAGUCAUCCUUCCUGGCGCAGUUCAUGGUAUACCUAUUAAAGGCACGCCUUCCUCAUUAAUUAGUCGAUGGAGAUCUGGUGGAUGUUGUGAUUGUGGAGGAUGGGACGUCGGCUGCAAGCUGCGGGUACUUGCUGACAGCAGAAAAAGCAGUAACAAUACUCAGGAUUCAGCGUCAAGCUCUGCUGAUCACGUUAAUCUUUUCAUGCAGGGUGGAGAGCACAAGGGCAGACCUGUUUUCAGCUUGAAACCAUUUAGCGAUGAGUUCUACUCUAUCGAAAUGGAUCCAUCGAUUUCUUUGUUGGAGGCAUUUGCUACAAGUGUAGCGCAUCUCACUUGCCGAAAAAUUCCUGAAAUUAUAGAUUACAAAGGUCAGUCAGAAGCAGAGCAUGUUCCAGAUCCGAAUCCAAGAGCUGAUAGAAAGAAACCCCCGCUGUUUCAAGAGCAAGUCCCUGCUAAGUACGUUACGUGCCCACCCUUGUCUCCAGUUGGAAGGAUUUAGGAAUGGAGAUUUUGUUUCAAAGUUGUUUGGGCCACAUCUAUUUCUCGAAGAGAGUAUGUUGCCAUUAAUCACUGCGUCCUUUGAUUAUGAUCAGCUUAGACUGGAAGAAAACGGUGAUUACUAAUAUUGUAAAGGUACCUGCUGAUGCAGAAAAUUUAUGUGACACUGUAAAUUUUGUUGAUCAACUCUUCUGAAUAAGUCAAGUCUAAUUUUGCUGCUUGUAGUAAA